AAGUUUUCUCUCUGAUUGUUGUCUACUAUUAAUAUUUUCCUCUAGUUAGAGCUUUUGACUGAUACAUGCAUUUGAGUUCUUUCACUUUUAUUGUGUGGAAGUGAAAGCCACAGCCAUCUGUCUCUCAGUGUAGACGGCCGCAUCUUAAUCCAGAUUAUGGCUGCGGCAUAAACGUGUUUGUUUUUUUUCUCAACAGUGUGUCCUUGAUAACAGACAGGCAGGUCAGUUAGCCUAGCUCCAAUUAGACCACCGACAAUCCAUCUGAGGGACCUCUCUGCUGGAAACUAAGGAAUUUCACCAAAAGAUUUGAGUAAAAUCGUAACUUGACAUCAAUCUAAAGACUCCGACAGAGUGAAAAAAUGGCUUUUUUAAUUAAAAGCAUGGUGGGAAACCCACUGAAGGGAAUGGGAUUUGGAGGAGGAGAGGAGAAGGCUGAGGAGGAGACCCCCAAAGACCCCGCAGCGGCCGCUGGUAUGACUAGAGAAGAAUAUGAGGAGUACCAGAAACAGCUAGUGGAGGAAAAAAUGGAAAGAGAUGCAGACUUCUUGCACAAGAAAGCAGAGAGGGCGACUCUGAGGGUUUGUCUACGAGAAAAAUACAGACUUCCUAAAAGUGAGCAGGACGAUAACAUGAUCCAGAUGGCAGGAGAUGAUGUGGAUGUUCCCGAGGAGCUGCUGAAGAUGGUGGAUGAGGAUGCCACGGAGGAGGAGGAGAAGGACUCCAUCCUGGGGCAGAUGCAGAACUUACAGAACAUGGACAUGGAUCAGAUAAAAGAGAAAGCCAGUGCUACACUGACAGAGAUCAAGUCCAAGGCUGAGGAGAAGUGCUCCGUCAUGUAGUGGUUUAACAAAUUCACACAUCUCUACCAACCACGUCAGGUUUUUGAAAUACAGGUUUUGGUACAAAAACCAGGUCAGGUUUUUGAAAUACAGUUUUGAGAAACUUUCAUUCAUGUAAAACGAAGUCACCCAAGGUUUUAGUUCCCAAAGGCUGCAAGAUCUUCUCUUGCUUGGCUCCAAGUUUUGCUGCUGGACUUUUUCUUUUGUUUGUGUUUGAAUAAAUGAUUAUUGUAGUAAAUUCCUCCAUUUUCCUUUUUUUUUUUUUUUUUUUUUUUGUAUUACCUGUAAUAGUAUAAUAUGCAAUAUUACCUGUAAAUAUAUCUAACAAACAUCUAACUUGAACCUGAGGUGGAGAAUCUCUGUUUAAAUCCCCCUCCUGCUUUUUUGCACAAGGGAUGAGAUGAAUGUGAUGCUGUUAUUUCUUCUUCUUUUUACUUUUCUUUUCUUUUUUUUCUUUUUGACAGCAGACCAUCUAACAUUGAGACAUAUGAUGUUGUAAUGCAAAUUAGGAUUAUUAAGUCAGAAGUUUUUAUGUGAGGUAAAUAGGCAUGAAUAGGAUUGAUGCCUCAUGUGUAAACUGAUUAAACGCAUGAAUAAAACAGUUGAUUGAAAAA